AUGAGCCUUUCAAAUACUAACAGGAAUGUCACAACAACGGCCUAUCGUGACACUUUAAACACAGCUAUUAUCAAGAAUGUGAUUACUGUGGUUCUCUGCAUCUCCAUCAACUAUGUCAACGGUAUGCUGGUGCACACAUUCAAAAAACACCAGGUUUUCAAUAUGAACCCUCGAUACAUCCUGUACAUCCAUCUGGUGAUCAACGAUAUUAUCCUGCUGACCAUGUUCACUCUUGUUCAGGUCCUGAGUUACAUCGUGUUCACUCUUAACGUCUCCUUAUGUAUCAUUUUGCUAAUGAUUGCUAUAUUUGCCAAUCUAAACAAUCCCCUAACACUCGCUGUUAUGGCAGUGGAGUGUUACAUCGCCAUAUGUUUCCCUCUCCGCCACGCACAGAUCUGUACAGUUAAGAAAACGUAUGUUGUGAUCGGUCUGAUAUGGGUGAUAAGCACAUUUUCAAUCCUGCCAGAUUUAUUUGACGCACUGGCAACAGAAUCCCUGGAGUUCUUUCGUUCCAGAGUUUUUUGUCUCAGGGAAAAUAUUUUCAGAAACCCCAAUCUCACAGAGAAGAGAGAUAUAUCCAACAUAGUGUUUCUGGUCAUUAUUUGGCUCACUCUGUUCUACACAUACUUCAGGAUCCUUUUCGCUGCACAAGCAGCUUCUGCGGACGCCAAGAAAGCGAGGAACACUGUUCUCCUUCAUGGCUUCCAGCUGCUGCUGUGUAUGCUCACCUAUGUUUUUCAUCUUAUGAUUGAAGGUCUGACAUACUUGUUCCCAAAAGGGGUAUUGGCCAUUCGCUUCACUAUUGCGAUAUUUGUUCAGGUUCUGCCUCGACUCAUCAGCCCAGUUGUUUAUGGGCUACGAGACAAGACGUUCAGAAAGUACCUGAAAAGACAUAUAUUCUAUUUAAGUGGUGCUGAAACUCAUCCACAAAAACCUCUGAAGAGGCCAUUAUAA